CUAAGUGACCCGACCCACGCUUGUGUUGUGUCUGGAAGUUGCCGAAGAAGUGGUGGGAGGGAUAGGCUACUACUACUUUGGUUAAUAACAAAGCGCAACUGUUAUUAUGGCUUCAAUUACAGAGUUAAAAUGCGCGCUCAGGGAAACUCUUGAAGCUCGUGGAGUGUUGGGACAGCUGAAAGCGAGGAUUCGAGCAGAGGUGUUCAGUGCAUUGGACGACCAGAGUGAACCCCGGCCUCCCCUGUCACAUGAGAAUCUUCUUAUCAAUGAGCUCAUCCGAGAGUAUUUGGAAUUCAAUAAGUAUCACUACACUGCUUCAGUACUGACAGCAGAAUCUGGUCAGCCUGAAGUUCCUUUAGAUAGGCAAUUUGUGGCAAAUGAACUCAAUGUUGUGGAGGACCCAAGUGCAAGGACAUUGCCGCUUCUCUAUGGCCUGCUGUCACAUUUCCUUCAGAGUGGAGAGACUAAGGACAAGCUGUUUCUCAGGAACUCUGCCCCCUUGACCUCACAAAAGCCAAACACCAAAGACUGCUGAAUUGUACAUGUAUUGAAGCCAGUUGUUGACUGAAAUCUCAGGCCUGUGUAUUAUGGUAAGACCACAAACUAUUAGGGUUGACUCUUGUCACCAACCAUGCCGAAAUGCAUGUUUGCACUGGCUCUAACUGCUCCAGCUGGGGUAAGAAUACGUGCCAGGAUUGUGCUUUUCUCUUAGAAUAUUCUGAGUUUGAGCCAUGUGCUGAAAUUAUUAUGUAUAUAACAGGUGACACACUUGUGUACAUUUCAUGCUCUCAGUGCCUACUAUUAUGAAUAAGAAAUUUAAACAGUUAGGAUCACUCAAAAUAGAUAACAGUCUCUGCCCCAGAAAUAUUUUGGGGGAUAUUUAUAAGUUAUGAGCUGUCUGCAGAAAGUUUCUUCUGCUACCAGAAUAUUUAAUUUUGGAUUGGACUUUGUAGAGGAAAAAGCCCACACAUUCGUUCAUUCACCGAUGUGGAGAAAAGUGCCCUGUAUGAUAAGGCAGUGUUAAUACGCUGGAUCCUUUCAGAUAACUGAUCCUAAAUAUAUACAAGAGUUGACAAGAGAGAAGAAAAUGGACCUUAAAAGCAAGCAUAGGUCUAAAUAACAGCACCUGAGUAAGUGCAUUACUGAUAAAUGUUCAAUGAAUGUUUAACCUGCUUUUUUCCCCCACACUGUAAACAUUCCAUUUGUUAUCAUAGAUUUUUACUCACAUGUUAGAUUUGCCCUGCAAAUAUAUGUAGGACUAUUUGACCUACUGAUUAAAGUUUAAUUUUAUUAUA